AUGGCGUUGGGUGCUACUUUACACAACUUUCCCCAAUUCCAAGCUUCAUUACCUCCCAGUUUCAAAUUCAAAACUUGCAGCAGAAAAAGGACCGUUAUUUUAGCGCGAAAUUCCAACGGUAGCGAGCCCUCCUCCUCCAAUGGUUAUCCCUCUGCUACUACUUCACAAAAGAAACCAUUUCCAGGCAAGUCAGAGGCCGAUGUUGUUGUUAUUGGGAGUGGUAUUGGUGGGCUAUGUUGUGCAGGACUUCUUGCUAGAUACCAGCAAGAUGUUUUAGUGUUAGAGAGCCAUGAUUUACCUGGCGGUGCUGCUCACUCAUUUGAGAUCAAAGGCUUCAAGUUCGACUCCGGCCCAUCUUUAUUUUCAGGAUUCCAAUCAAGGGGUCCUCAAGCGAAUCCUCUAGGACAAGUUUUGGACGCAUUGGGUGAGUCAAUUGCAUGUACAAAUUAUGACUCGUGGAUGGUUUACCUACCUGAAGGCGAAUUCUUAUCACGCAUUGGACCAACUGAAUUUUUCAAGGACCUUGAGAAGUAUGCAAGUCCGGAUGCUGCACUAGAAUGGAAAAAGCUUCUUGAUGCAAUUCUUCCAUUGUCAGCAGCUGCAAUGGCUCUGCCUCCUUUAUCCAUCCGAGGAGAUUGGGGUGUUAUUUCCACUGCUGCUGCUAGAUAUGCCCCAUCUCUCUUGAAAUCUUUUUCUGAAAUGGGACCUCAGGGAGCUCUUGGUGCUACAAAGCUUCUCAGACCCUUUUCAGAAAUCAUUGACUCGUUGGAGUUAAAAGAUCCCUUUAUAAGGAAUUGGGUGGAUCUUCUAUCUUUCUUGCUCGCGGGGGUGAAAUCUAAUGGUAUACUCUCAGCGGAGAUGGUUUACAUGUUGGCAGAAUGGUACAAGCCAGGUUGCACUCUAGAGUAUCCUCUUCAUGGAAGUGGUGCAGUUGUUGAUGCUCUUGUCCGUGGAAUGCAGAAGUUUGGUGGAAGGAUAUCUCUGGGGAGUCAUGUUGAAAACAUUGUUGUUGAGAAUGGUCGGGCUAUAGGAGUGAAGCUAAAAAGUGGGCAAUUUGUGCGUGCUAAGAAGGCUGUAGUCAGUAACGCAUCUAUGUGGGACACUUUGAAGCUAAUACCUAAGGAAGUCAUCCCAAAUUCAUACAAGGACAAGAUUAAAACGACUCCACAGUGUGAAUCAUUCAUGCAUCUUCAUUUGGGUUUUGAUGCAGAGGGUAUACGUGAGGACCUCAGAAUUCAUCAUAUAAUUGUGAAUGAUUGGGAGAGAGGGGUCGAUGCUGAUCAGAAUGUUGUUUUGAUAUCCGUACCAAGUGUACUUAGUCCAGAUCUCGCACCCCCUGGUAAACAUGUGCUACAUGCUUAUACGCCAGGGACUGAACCAUUCAAACUUUGGGAAGGGCUUGAUCGUAGAAGCAGUGAAUACAAACAGCUCAAAGCUGAACGAUCCGAGGUAAUGUGGAGGGCUGUGGAACGUGUGCUUGGUCCAAAUUUUAAUCGCGAGAAGUGUGAAGUGAAGUUGAUUGGAACUCCAUUGACACAUCAAAGGUUUCUUCGAAGGAACCGAGGAACUUAUGGGCCAGCUAUACAAGCUGGUAAAGGCACUUUCCCUGGACAUUCUACACCAAUCUCACAGCUUUAUUGCUGUGGAGAUUCAACUUUUCCUGGCAUUGGAGUCCCUGCAGUUGCUGCUAGUGGUGCCAUUGUUGCAAAUUCUCUAGUUUCUGUAUCUCAACACUCGCAGCUUCUUGAGGCUGUUGGAAUAUGA